GGAGGAGAGACAGUGGGAGACCAUUGGCAGUGACAGCAAAUCCGACUGCACCUGAAUGACCCCCAGUGAGCCAGGACACUUGCAGGCACAGCUCAUCUCAAAUUUAGAAGGGUUCUGAAGGGUGUUGCAAGCAGACACAGCAGAGAGUGACGGCAUCAGGAGAAAUGUGACUAGUGUUUCCAGAUGUGGAGCGAUCCAAACUUCAGAAGCAAAGUCUUUUAAGCAAGGUUUAUUAGGUUGGAUCGUGUGAUUAUUAUACCUCAAAUCAACGCUUUGUGGACUUUCUAGACUGUAGGCAUACAGGGCUAGGGAGUAAGCCACAAGGAAAGGACCUCUCCAUGCUGUACUGAGAGUCUGGUGAGCUGUCAGUGAGGAUGUCUCUGGCACAGGUGGUGAGGCUGAAACUGGAGCCCUCUUUCCACUAGACCUACUAUGUUACUGUGUAACCUUGUAACUGUACAACGAGCCCAUCAAUCAGCGAAUCGGGGUAUUCCCUAAAUUCAUUCUCGGCAAGAAUCCUGCUGGAUGUGAGUUUUCCAUCUCCUGCUUGUUAUUGUACUUACAGUGCUGUUAUAUAUCUCCUUCCAAGGAAGACACAUUCUACCAUGGCCCACUUCCUAAUUAAGUUAUAGACAAAGGUAGAUGUGAUGCAGAAAGCUCAUUAAGCUUCUGUUUAUUGGAGCGUUGGAUACAUGAUCCAGACGGAGUCCUGAUACCUGGGAGGAAGCCAGCUCCCCUUUCUAUCAGGAAAACAGUCUCUUGUCAGCAGUUGACGAUAAUCAUUUGUUUUACAGGUUAAUGUCCCUUUAACUUGUCUUCAGAUGCCGGGACCAUUGUGGGUAUAAGACGUCAUGACCUCCCCACGCUCCGCCCGCCUGCAGCUGGAUGAGAACCUGCAGCUCAUGCAGGCCGGGUCUGUGAUGAGAAAAGUCAAGUCACGCAGCUGGAAAAAACAAAGGUACUUCAAACUCCAGGAGGACUGUAUGACAAUCUGGUAUAAAUCCAAAAAGACGGGCAACACUAAGUCUACAUUUUCCAUCAGUGACAUUGAAACCGUACGAGACGGACAUCAGUCAGAGGUUCUGCAGAGCAUCGCAGAUGAGUUUGAGCCUGAGCUUUGCUUUACCAUUGUAUUCCAUGGUCGGAGGGGUAACCUUGACCUUGUAGCAAGUACCCCAGAGGAGGCCCAAUGCUGGAUCCAAGGCCUAGAGAAACUCAUAGAAACAGUGACCAACAUGGACCAGAAGGAGCUCCUUGAUCAAUGGAUCUGUGACUGGUUCCUUAAGGCUGACAAGAACAGAGAUGGGAGGAUGAAUUUUAAGGAGGUCCAGGAUCUGUUGAAAAUGAUGAACGUGGAUAUGAACGAGCAUCAUGCGUUUCGCCUCUUCCAGAUGGCAGAUAAAUCAGAGUCCAGCACCUUGGAGGGAGAUGAGUUUGUGCUAUUUUACAAAGCUCUGACGCAACGUGACGAGGUCCUUAAAAUAUUCCAGGAUUUCUCAAAAGAUGGCAAGAAGCUAACACUUCUGGAGUUUGUAGACUUUCUACGUCAGGACCAGCUGGAAGUAGAUAAUACGGAGGAGUUUGCAAUGGACCUUAUUGCUCGAUAUGAACCAUCAGAAACUGCAAAGAAGCUUCAUGCUCUGAGCAUUGAUGGUUUUCUGACAUACCUGUGCUCUCCUGAGGGAUCCAUCUUCAACGUGAGCCAUGAUCUUCUCUACCAGGAUAUGACCCAGCCCCUGUGCCACUAUUUCAUCUCUUCAUCCCAUAACACCUACCUUAUGGAGGACCAGCUGCGAGGGCAGAGCAGUGUGGAGGGAUACAUCAGGGCACUAAAGAGAGGAUGCCGGUGUGUGGAGGUAGACAUCUGGGAUGGCCCUAAUGGAGAACCGAUUGUGUAUCAUGGCCAUACUUUCACCUCCAAAAUCUUUUUCAAAGAUGUUAUAUCAGCCAUCAACAAGUAUGCAUUCAGGGUAUCUGAGUUUCCGGUCAUUCUGUCUUUGGAGAACCACUGCAGCGUGGAACAGCAAGAUACAAUGGCUCAACACGUGAAAAGCAUUCUGGGAGAGAAGCUUGUGACCAGCACACUAGAUGGCCGGAUCCCUGUCUCUUUACCCUCCCCUGAGGAAUUGCGUGGGAAAAUUAUUUUAAAAGGGAAGAAGAUUGGGAGAUUGCAGGAUUGUUCUGAGGAACGUCCUGAAGAUUCAUAUUUGGGAGAAAUUUCUGAAGAAGAUGACGGUGGAGAGAUGGAUGAAGAGAACAUCCGUAAUGAAGAUAAAAAAAGGUCCAAGAAGUCCAAAGAUCGCCUCUCCCAGGAGUUAUCUGACUGCAUUAUCUACUGUAAGAGUGUCCCCUUUGAGAGCUUCAAGCACUCAAGAACACACUACAAAGUGUAUGAACUGUCUUCCUUCACAGAGUAUAAGGCUCGGAAGCUGGUCAAAGAGCCAGGUAACGAGUUUGUUCGACAUAACACUUGGCAGCUGACACGUGUUUACCCUACUGGGUUGCGCACAGACUCCUCCAACUACAACCCUAAAGACAUGUGGAACGUUGGGUGCCAAAUGGUGGCGCUGAAUUUCCAGACAGCAGGAGUAGAAAUGGAUCUCAAUGAUGGACUGUUCCAGCAGAACGCUCGCUGUGGUUAUGUCCUAAAACCUCUGUUCAUGAGAAAUGUGGAAACCAGUUUCAAUCCUGACCUGCCUCAAGACACUGAUGGUUACUCCCCUGUGAACCUCUCCAUACAGGUAAUCAGCGCCCAGCAAUUGCCUAAAGUCGAAAACAGUAAAGAGGGUUCUAUCGUAGAUCCCCUGGUUCGAGUGGAAAUCUUUGGGGUUCCCAUCGACCAAUCAAAGCAGGAAACAAAGUAUAUAGACAAUAAUGGAUUUAACCCUAUGUGGUAUGAAACAUUGCAAUUUAAGAUUCAUGUCCCUGAACUGGCCCUUGUAAGGUUUGUGGUAGAAGAUUAUGACAAAACCACAAGGAAUGAUUUUAUAGGACAAUAUACUCUUCCAUUCAAGAGUGUCAAGUCAGGUUACCGCCAUAUCCAUCUCCUUUCCAAAGAUGGCACCAAGAUUCCGCCAGCCACUGUGUUUGUUUACAUCCGUGUUACAGAGACAGCAAAUCCUGCUGAAGAAACACAGGGGUAAAGGCUUGGACCCUUCUUGAUUACUCUAGCCGCCUCCUUUAUGCACAGCCGCAGCGUCAGUCCUAAAAGCCUGGCUUCAUUGCUGUUUGUAUGGCUGUAUUUUGCACGUCCCUACAGAACACUGAUUUGUUUAUAGAUGUAUAAAUAUAUUUGAUUAUUUUUUACAUAUUUAUUGUACAGGUAUAUAUUCUGGUGCUAUUCUGUUUAAAAUGUUGCUUUGCUGAUUAGCAUAGCAAGUGUUACUGCUGUAACCCAAACUGUGUACAAUGUGGUAGUGCUGCCCCCUGCAGCAUGAACAGUGUUACUGAUUAUAAUACAAAUUCCAUGAAAGGAAAGUGUUGGGAGAAACCCACUGAUAACUAAUAAACAGUAUUC